CUGUCUCGGAGCAGGUGACAAACUGCAGGUGGACCCCACACCUCCGCUCCAGACCAGCCCCCAUCCAGCAGACCAGAGGGGGGUCAGGAAAGGAAGAUGCCUCUCAUAUGAGACAAACAACGUCGCCUCUGGUUCUUCUGAUGUACCCAAUGACACAACAGCCUCCGCCCAUCCCAUUCACCCAUUGGCCGGCUUACUGUUGGUGGAUGAGGAGCCUUUAUCAGUCGGCCAACCAGAUGGCAGGGCUGUGUCAGAGGGGGUGGGCCUGAAAGAGCAGCCUGCCUUCUCCUCCAUACUGACCCUGCUGGCGGAUAAACACCCACUGAGCUUGGUCCGAUCCAAGACCUCGCCAACCAUCACCAAGGACAACAACCAAACCAGCCUGUGGCCUUCGGUUGCUCCCUUCUCUUCUUCUUCUUCUUCUGUGGAGCCGAGCAGAGACCUGUCUGACAGCUCAGAGACAGCGAUGGACGAGUUAACUGUGGGAACAUCCAUAGAGACAGGGGUUCAUUUCCCCAAAGACAACGAGACCAGAUUAUCCCAAACAGGGAACCUCACCUUAGGCGACAGGCCUGCACUCACAACGUCACAGGUGUCACCUUUGACCCCUCGAGAGGACACAACGACUGCAUCCCUCCAGCUCACGACCGUGACCACCACAACCAUAGCUUCAACCACAACACAGCCAAUCACAGAGAGCCCAACCACGACAACAACACGCAGAACCACCACUGCUCCAGCCUCCAGGAGAACACUGCCACCUCCAAUCCCAAAGACAAAACCCAGAGGGACGACCACCCCGUUCCCCUUCACCACCACCACGGAGGCUCCACCCCGGCAGUGCAACGUCACAGAGAAGAUCUGGGUUAAAACAAUUCUGACCAUCCAUGUGAGAAGGAACCGCCUGGACAGCAUCCAGAGACAGAACCUGCGUAGAGGGCUGACCCAGGCUCUGAGUAGAGCUCUGAAUGACACCACUGCCCAGGCUCAG